GGGAGGAGAAUGUGAGAGGAGAGGAGCCCAGUUUCCAUCUAUUACCACAGGAAAACGCUGUGGUUUUAGACGCAACUUCAGUGUAUGAGUGGAAAACGUACAGCAGCAUGGUCAGCCGACUGGAACAUCCUGCUGCCGGCUACAGGAAGAUCUUUGAGACAGUGGAGGAGCUGAAUGAACCCAUACCUGCUAAAGUCACUGGUGUUUUACCGUCAUGGCUUGGUGGGAGUCUUCUGAGGAUGGGUCCAGGCCUUUUCGAGGUGGGGGGUGAACCUCUGCACCAUCUGUUUGAUGGACAGGCUAUUAUACACAAAUUUGACCUCAAGAAUGGUCAGGUGACUUACUACAGGAAGUUUAUUAAGACAGAUGCGUAUGUUCGUGCCAUGACAGAAAACAGAGUGGUCAUCACAGAGUUCGGAACAGCAGCGUACGCCGACCCCUGCAAGAACAUCUUCUCCAGAUUCUUUACCUACUUCAGAGGUAUUGAAGUGACUGAUAACUGCCUGGUGAACAUAUAUCCUAUUGGUGAAGACUUCUACGCUGUCACAGAGACAAACUACAUCACCAAAGUUGAUCCUGAUUCACUGGAGACUUUGAAGAAGGUGGACCUGUGUAAAUAUAUCUCAGUGAAUGGAGUGACAGCUCACCCCCACACUGAGGCAGAUGGUACGGUCUAUAACAUCGGCAACUGCUUCGGCAAGAACAUGAGUCUGGCUUACAACAUAGUCCGGAUCCCUCCUGCUCAGAAAGAUAAGUCAGACCCUGUGGAGAAAUCCCAGGUGGUGGUUCAACUCCCCAGCAGUGAGAGACUGAAGCCCUCCUAUGUCCACAGUUUCGGUAUGACGGAGAACCAUUUUGUGUUUGUGGAGCAGCCGGUGAAGAUCAACCUGCUCAAGUUCCUGUCGGCGUGGGGCCUCAGAGGAGCCACGUACAUGGACUGUUUCGAAUCCAAUGAAAGCAUGGGUACAUGGUUCCACUUGGCCACUAAAGACCCAGCAGGGUAUCUGAGCAGCCACAAGUUCAGAACAUCUGCUUUCAACCUUUUUCACCACAUCAACACAUAUGAAGACCAGGGAUUCAUCGUAGUCGACCUCUGCACAUGGAAAGGCCAUGACUUCGUGUACAACUACCUGUACCUCUCCAACCUGAGGCAGGAAUGGGAGGCAGUGAAGGAGGCAGCGAUGAGAGCUCCUCAGCCGGAAGUCAGACGAUACGUUCUGCCACUGGACAUCCACAGGGAGGAACAGGGAAAGAACCUGGUGUCGCUGCCUUACACCACAGCCACUGCUGUUCUUCACAGCGAUGGAACCAUCUGGCUGGAACCUGAGGUCCUUUUUUCUGGUCCCAGACAAGCCUUUGAGUUUCCACAAAUUAACUACUCGCGAUGUUGUGGAAAGAAAUAUUCAUUUGCCUACGGCCUCGGACUCAAUCACUUCAUCCCCGACAGAAUUGUCAAGCUGAACGUCAACACCAAAGAAACAUGGGUGUGGCAGGAGGAAGAGUGUUACCCAUCAGAACCACUGUUUGUGCCGACACCUGGAGCUACAGAUGAGGAUGAUGGUGUCCUGCUGAGCAUUGUGGUAAAGCCUGGUGCAGACAGACCAGGCUUCCUGUUGGUCCUGGACGCCAUGAAACUAACAGAGAUCGCCAGAGCAGAGGUCGACACCAUCAUCCCUGUGACUCUUCAUGGAACCUACAAACCAUGACCUUCACUUCAAUGUAACCAGAUCAAGACUUAUCCUGAAAUACAAGAGUCGUACUCCAGCAAACAGCCUAGAUUAUGGGUCAGCAGGACUCUAAAUAUAAUGCUUUGAUCAAGUACGUCAACUGCAACGCAAUCAUAAUCCAAAACUGGAUAUGUUUGGUUUUGGAUUUUGGUGUAGUAAAACACCAGUGGUGUUGUGUUAUCAGUGGAAAGGUUUGUCAUAGACCUGAGAAAUUAAUUCACCACUACAUUACAGAAUGUACAGUCUGUAAUUUCUGCAGCUAUGGGGUCUCAUAAUCAAAAUAAUACCAGUAUGUGCAGUAGUAGAUGGCCGUGUGAAUGAGCUGUUUUCACCGCUACUAUAUGAAGAUGUAUCAAAGGUAAGGGUUAGGGCUGUACGAUUUUGACCAAAAAUAAAAUCCCAAUUUUUGUCCUUUAAAAACUCAAUUUUCAAUUUUUGGGUAAAAUUACAAAAGACAACAGAUGUCAGCAUGUCGUUUUCGUAUGCAGCCCACAAUGCAAUGCACUGCUCCCACUCUGGUACGUGAUGAUGUUUGAGGUGCUGAAAUAAGUUGGUUGUGCUGCUGACAUUGACAGAUGCCGCCUUCAGACUGCCGAAGAUUUUUUGCACAGUACUGUCGAAUGCAGGGAGGGAGUAUUAGAAGAGCAGGGCCACACCGAAGAUGAAAAAGUAUUUCAUUUAUAGAAUUAAGUUGGAAUUUUUCAUGAAAAAUGCCAUCACAUUAUGGACAGAAUGAAUGACUUUAUCUUCAUAACCUUAUAACUUUUUCCCCAAAAUAUUACUAUUUUUCUUAUAUCAUUAUGGCUUUAUCUCAUAAAGAUUCCGUGCUACUUUUGUGGAAGUUCCCAAAUGAUGUUUUCUCUAUUUUUAACUUUUCUUAAGUGAUUUAUCACCAUUUAUUACAAUAUUGUACUCAGUAUCUUGCAUUCUUAAGUGAAAAU